AAAAUUAAGAGUCUGUUAAAUAGAUAUAUGACCCAAGACACAUCUUCAGACGAGGCUUCUGUUGUUAUGGUUGGUUGUGAUCUUCAUGGAUCAUUUCUUGUUUCUGGAUAAAAGCUAAGAUAAAGAAAGUCACAUCAAUCAAAUAGUCCAUCUCUCUGGCUCUGGUGUUGUAGAGUAUACUUCAGAUUUCAGUGAUGGUUAUAAGGAACAAAUUCUCAGUUUUGGGACUGGACACACAAGAGGAAAGGCUCAGAGGAUCUGGGAAAUUCUUAUUGGAGAUUGCCAUAUCAGUUAUGGAUGUUAAAAUGCAUGGGUUGUGUGUUGAUGCUGCAAUCAUUGGCAUAAUGACUCCUCCAUUAGCAGAACUCCAGUCAAGUCAAACUUACUACUGUGCAGUCAAUAUAGGAGAUGUUGUUGUGAACUUAGCUUUCAGAUCAAUAGAAGCAGGUCCUUAGUGGGAGCCUUUUUGUGAAGAGUUAUACCGCAGCCUGCAGUGUUUUCAACCAUUCCUUGUUUUCAACUAUUACAUGAUAUGGCAGAGUGGGCUAACUACCAACGAAAGUCAGGAGAAUAGCCUCAACAAUUUUGCAUUUGAUUUCUUUCCUAAUUGGUUCUAUUACGAUGUUAAGCCUACUACUGCAUAACUACAGAUUGUUGGAAGUUGAAAGGUAAUUCAUUUAUCGAAGAAUCUAAAUUGUUUCAUUAAGAAAACUGAGACGAUGGUAGAAGAUGUUAAGAUUAUGUAGCUCUGAACUUGUUUCUCUUUGUACUUCAGUAACAUCAUAAUCACUUUGUUUAACAACUUCAAUUUACUGUAAGUUCUAUUUGUGGUGUUUCUCUCAUUUUUCAACUAGCUACAUUUCCUGUUACAGUUUCCUGCUUUUUCCUUCAGAUUUUGUUAUGUAUACUCAUCAAUGCUUUUGUAAUUAUGGGCUUGUAUUAACUAAUAGAGAGUCCUCAUUGUUAUGGCAUAUGGUUAAAGUGUAACACAGAUAGGGAAAGUAGUUUAGGCAAGUCUUAUGUAUCUCUGUUGUAUUCCUGCAUCCAAGGUCCUAUUUUGCGUUGUGUUGUAUUUGUUAUGGCCACUGUUGCACUUUGAAUUUUAUGUGCCAUUAGCAUAUCAGAUUAGUGAUUCUCCUUCUACUCUUCUGAACCCUUACAUUUGUUUAUUUCUAAAGCCUCUUGAAUGUCGUUGAUGUCAUUGCAGUAUCACCUUUGACAUGUUUGAAGGAUCACCCUGGAAAGGGUGAAAAACUCACCUUAUCCCUGAGUGGCACAUUUUCUUU